CUUGUGAAUUUAUGUUGUAUUUUUAUUAUGAGAUAAAAAUAAUACCUUAUGUUAUAAAUUAAUAUAAGUCUGAGACAAUUAGUAGCAAUGAGGUUGUUAGUGUUUUGUUUGCUUGUCGUAACAAACUUCAGUGAUAAUGGCAAAGCUUCUAUCGACAGCGUUUUGCCGGCCAGUGCUAAUGUCCUUCUAGAAGAUACAACUAGGAGCAUCGAUAACUCUUGCUACAGACCUUGCAAGUUGAAUGUCAAGCCGCGAAAAUGCGAAUACAAAUUUCGCAUACAACCAACCGUCAAUGACGAUGGCAAAACCAUCAUUUCUAUCAACGACAUGGUCCCAGGACCAUCUAUAAAUGUUUGUAUGAAUGAUAUAAUAGUGGUGGAAGUGGAGAACAGGAUUCCUGAUCAGGAUAUAGCCUUGCACUGGCAUGGGGUGGAGCAGAAAGGGACUCCGUUUAUGGAUGGAGUUCCGAUGGUGACGCAGUGUCCUAUAGGCUUCGGCUCCAAGUAUAAGUAUGCCUUCCGAGCCUCGAAGCCUGGGACCUUCUUCUAUCACGCCGAUUCAGUGCAACACCAAAGCGACGGCAUCUUCGGGGCUCUGAUAGUGAACCAGCCAGCGCCCUUCGAGCCCCACGUGGACCUGUACCACUACGACCGCAGCGAGGAGCACACCCUCAUCAUCUCAGCUGACUUCCCGGAGACCCUCACGGGAAAUCUGGAAAACUUGAGCGAAAUCAAACCCACAGCUCUUAACAUAAACGGAGAUACGGAUAUAGCUAAAAUAUUUGUAAUGGAAAACUUUGCGUAUCGAUUGCGGCUGAUCAACGCAAUAGCAGCGGAGUGUCCUGUGGUCUACAGCAUCGACGCUCACCAUGUCACUGCAAUCGCUACCGACGGAAAUCCUGUCAAACCAGUCACGGCAGAACACAUACUGCUGUAUCCAGGUGAAAGAAUGGACAUCGUUGUCCGCGCGUCUCAACCCGCGGGCGGGUACUGGGCGCGGGCGCGGGGCUACGGAGGCGCAUGCGCAGGUCUGAACGCUAGAGCCAUGCUGCUCUACUCCGGGUUCAAUUAUACUGCCAUGCUGGUGGAUGACGAGAAGAACGACUACAGUUUUGAAAUGGAUCCUUCAUCAGCAAUACAUGGACAAGGUUUGGAGUCACUAAACGAAGAAACUGAUUACGGGGCAGAAACAAUAAAAUCUGUUUAUUUGGGAGUUGAUAGAACUAAUGAUCUCAAAGACGAGCCUAAUGAUUUCCGAUACAUAAGUGACGCAAUGCCUAAGAAACCGUUCUUCCCAGCGCCUAUUGCUCUCCGAACAGAUGGUGUCGUCCAAAUAAACGGCAAAAGUUUUCUGUACCCGAACGCUCCCUUGCUACUCUACCCUAAGGAGGUCCGUGCGGAAACCAUCUGCGCAGUCGGAGAGGAAGAUGAGCGUCGGGAUCCGCAAUGUGUGCAAGUGCUGAAUGCGGAGAGAAAUGAUGUCAUUGAACUAGCACUUGUCAACGAAGGUUUUGGAAGCAACGACACGUACACUUUCCACAUGCACGGGAGCAGUGUGCAGAUAGUAGCCACGUGGCAAAAUCCAGCUCGGACUCCUCUGUCUAAAGCAGAUUUUCUUAAAUUUACCAACGAAAAUAAUGUUGUCAGCAAAUCUGCCAAUCCACCGUUGAAGGAUACCAUAGUGGUACCAAACAAGGGGUUCACCAUAAUCAGGAUGCGGCUGAGCCAGCCUGGCGCCUGGAUGCUGGAGUGUAGGUCCUGCAGUCUGUACUCAUUGCCCACGGCUGUCGUCGUCAAUGUGCCGCAGACAUUGCCCAAGUCAGUCCUCGACUCUUUGCCUAAAUGUGGCAACUACAGACCACCUGAUGUACUGCUGCAUUGAAGACUAUUUGUAAUUCUAAGAUCCAUUUGUGCUGGACGCACCUAAAUAAGACUGCUUUGAUAUUUAGUUGGUAAAUAUGUAACUGUUAAGUUUUUAAGCAUAAUUUAUUUAUUUUUAUAUUUUUCUAACAAUAAAACAAGAAAAUUGC